UCGGGGAGGUCACGUGGUUUUUUUGGCGUGGUGGUAAAGCAAGCGAGGCAACUAAAUCAUAAACAUUUAGCUGCGACUCUUCUUUUUCGAAAGGUGGAUAGUUUUUCCGGUAAUCUGCUCUGCGCUUCUAGAUAAACCCAUAUCUGUUAUAUUUGCCAAUUCAACCAGCAUCAUGGACGGUGGAGUGGAAGUAGUUACCAAUCCCAUCGUGAAUGUGCGCCUAACAAGCACCAUCUCCUCCUUCGAGGUGCAGCGCAGGUUCAAUAGAGGGAUUAGUAUAGCAGAACUGAAGGGAAAAUUGGAGAUGGUUUUGGGUGCAUCUCCCUCCAGCAUGGACCUGGAGUUGUUCAGUGUCUCUGACAAGUUCCUGCAGAAAAUGGACGACAAUGAAGCUUUGCUGGGUUCCUAUCAUGUUGAUGAUGACUGCAGAAUACACGUUACUGAUACAAGUGGUCAGGUGAACGAGUUCACUGAUGUUUCCAAAGUAGAGAAGUUUGAACUCUCACAGGAGUCUUAUGAAAAGAGAACAGAUUCAGCAAGGUCAUUCAUGAAGAAACAUCGUGUUGGUCACUUCAACGAGGAAGAAAUGGCCAAGAAGAAAGCUGAGACUGCUGCUCGGGAGGAGGAACAGAGGGUUGCUGCUGAUGCCAUUUCUGUUGGCAACAGAUGCAAAGUGCAGGUACCUAGGCAACCCACGAAGCUUGGCACAGUCAUGUAUGUUGGUACAACAGAUUUCAAGCCAGGCUACUGGGUGGGUCUGAAGUACGAUGAGCCCAUGGGAAAGCACGAUGGAAUUGUUGAAGGCAAGCAAUACUUUCAAUGUGAGAAUAAAUACGGUGGAUUUGUGAAGCCCCUGAGUGUGACAGUAGGAGACUUUCCUGAGGAGGAUUACGGUGUAGAUGAGAUGUAGGACUGUAAUGUGACAGUGACUUUCUCCUGUCCUGAAAUUUGAGCGUCAACGUCAAGCUGUUUUCUAUUCACCAACCCGAGAUGAUGGAAAGUCAUUGUCAUUGUAACAAGUACAUUUUCUGUUGGUUUUUUUGUGCUUCUCUGGAGGGCAUGAUCCAAAGUGCGGUGUCUAAAGGCCUUUUAGGUUCAACAGCUCUCUCACUGACGCUGACGCAACCUGAUAGAGGUGAAUGUCAGGCAGUACAUCUCUUGGUUCGCUCGAUAUGAUGAUAAUAGUACAGGAUAAUCACACCAAGCUUUGAUGGAGGGGGUUUGUUGCAUGUAAGGCAGCAUAUUGAAGGUCAAUAUGUGGUCCUUCACUUCAUGCACUUCUGUUCAAUUUAAGUUACAUGCUUUAGUAGUACUUGUUACUGCCAAGCUUUUUUAACAUGGGUAUAAUCUAUGUAAUCUGAAAGUCUGUAUUGACAGUUUAAAUACCAACUUAAUUUGUCUUCAUUUAGUUUGUAUUGGUUAAUACAAAGAGGAUUGUAUAGAACUGUUUAUAGUUAACUGUAGUCUGAGCAUUUUUGUGAUGAAUGUUAAUUGCUGAGAGAGGUCCAAGGCGAAAAUCCCACCUGAAAUACUUUGGUAAUGACUUCAAAAGUGUCUCUCUAACUUGUAUUACAAACCUAAUUUGACGCUGCUUACAUGUCUCCAAUUGAGUCAAACUGGAAAACACUUUCCAAUCAGAGUUUAAUGAGCAAAAUCAUUCCACCGUAUAUCACUCGCAGACAAGAAAUUCACAGUUGAAGAGGAAAGAUCAGUGAAUCUCCACCCACAGUCCAUAGUGCAACAAAGGUGCUUUGAGCUACAUAAGUAUACACUGUCUAGAAUAAGAGUGAAAGUUUGCCAGGGUAGAUAAUUUCUCUCUAAACGACUAAAUUCCUUAAAUUUAAUUUUGUGUUUGUAUGUAAUGUGUUCAAUGUUGAGGUUCCCAAGUGGAUAUAAUAUGUAAUUGCCCAUUAUUCUUCUGUGACUAAAUACCUCUUGUUAAAAAAUUAAACUGUCCACCUGAAUGUGUCUUGCAUAUAUUGAAAUAAAAAAGAGUUUCAGGUUUAACAUUUGAAAUGGCAAUCCUCAAUAUGACUAUUUUUCAAUUAAAAUCUGAUCGAAUAUAUCCAAAUGAUGUACUCUGUAUAAACUGAGCUCCCCUGUAUCCAAAUGAAAUGACAAAAUCCAAUUAUUAUGUCCUUAGAUGUGUCUCCAAGAACUCAAUCUGAACUGUUCAGUAAGUCUGAAAUUGAUAUUAAAUUGUUCUAUUUAUUUAAUUUUAAUCUAUCCUAAUGGAGCGUUUAAUUUCUUUAUUCCUGCAGUUUCACAUAAGCAUGACACAUUAAAUGUAAUUCAGUUAAGUACAAUCUCUUAGUGCUUUCUAUUCAUGUCCUUUAAACAGUUUUUUGAUCCGGUGGGUGGCUUAAGUAAGUCAUUUGGUGGAGAUGUUUAACUCUAAAGCAUACCUGUUUAUGUUUCCCAUCCUUAGCGCAAGUAUAAAGUGUACUUACAAUGUAUCAUAUGAAUAUUUUUGAUUACUAUAGAGGUUGGCCAUCAAAGUAAUUGAUUAAAACACAGGGAAAGACAAAAACUAUAAAAUGUUCACUCUCCAGUUAACUGCCUCUCUCCCUUAUAAUCACCACAACACUCAGCUUUGGAAAAUAAAGGAUAUGCCUUAUUUAUGCUUUGUUAUAUGUUAUUGGUAUAAUACUGUUGACAUGAUUUUUUAUCCUCUAAAGUUUACAGAAAUGUAAAUUAAUAGUUUGUGGUUUCUUUUUUAAUGAAAUGUCAUUACUACACACAAAAAUGUAGUGUUGUUCUCUUUUCCUUUUUUAAAAACUGUUAAUCUCUAAGGUGCUGGUGUUACUUUGUGCCAAAGGGUAAUGCAUAUUAAUAAAAAUGAUUUGCCAGUA